AUGUCCCAAUACAGCUUCUUGGCUGUUCCUCUCAAAUCCACUCAUGAUGUGGACUUGGUGAAGCCUCUAACCACAUAUAUAGAAUCGGUUUAUAACACCUCUGACGACAACAAGGCAGAAGUUGCUGAGGCUGUUCAGGAAUUGAAUAAACUGAGAUCAAAAGCGUGCUGCCAGCCAUUGGAUAAACAUCAGUCGGCGCUUGAUAUUGUCACCAGAUACUAUGACCAACUUGUUGCUAUCGAGAACAAGAUUAUAAUCUCCGCUACGCAGAAUCCCGUUGUUUUUAAAUGGAAAGAUGCAUUUGACAAAGGGAGCCUAUUUUUCAGCAAGGCUUCUCUGUCAAUAUCUGAUGGUUCGUUUGAACGGGCUGCCGUGUUAUUCAACUGCGGUGCGCUGAUGUCACACAUAGCAGCUUCGCAACCACUUUUGACAGAUGAAGAAAUGAAAACUACCGCGAAACUGUUUCAGCAAAGCGCUGGUGUUUUUGCUCGUCUGAGAGACACUGUACUUGGAAUGGUUCAACAAGAUCCUACCCCAGAUCUGAUGCCAGAUACACUUGCUGCACUUAGUGCGAUAAUGUUGGCUCAAGCGCAGGAGGCAAUUUACAUAAAAGCAUAUAAAGAUAAAAUGAAAGCUUCCGCACUCGUAAAGAUCUCGGCUCAAGUUGCGGACUUUUACCAAGAUGCUCAGAAAGCGAUGAAUCGCGAUACUGUGAAAGGAUUGUGGGAAAAGGAAUGGAUCAAUGUGGUAUCUGGAAAGACAUUGGGAUUCCAAGCUGUCGCUCAAAUGCACCAGGCAGAGAUUAAUUCGGAAAAUCGCGAAAUGGGAGAGCAGCUAAGUAGGUUAGGAGAGGCGCUGAGACUAUCUGAGAUGGCUGCGAAAUAUCUGCCGUCUGGAUGUCUUUCGGAGCAACUUACCGCUGUCGCUAAGCUACAUACCGCAGCCAAGAAAGACAAUGAUUUUAUUUACCAUGAGCGUAUCGCUGAUUUCCGUUCACUCCCUGCUUUACCGAGGGCAGCUUUAGCCAAAGCACUACCAGUUGCAUAUCCCAUGUCUCCUAGGUUCAAGGAUAUGUUUUCAAGUGUGGUCCCUGUGCAAGUGCAUAAUGCAAUGCAAAGCUAUCAAAGCCGUAAAGCAGAACUGGUCAAUAUUGAAACAGGGAGAUUACGAGAGCAUACACAGUUGAUGAAUGGAAUACUCGCCUCGCUAAACCUGCCAGCUGCCUUGGAUGACGUUACAUCAAUGGAUACGCUUCCAGAAUCGAUUAAACAAAAGUCUGCAAAGGUAAAACAAGCUGGUGGUAUUAAUGAACUCCAACGUUUGUUCUCGGAGUUGCCAGGAUUGUACAAGCGAAAUGAAGAAAUCUUGGAUGAGACAAAUCGGAUGCUCACUGAAGAAAAAGACAGUGACGACAACCUGCGCCGUCAAUUUGGUACUAAAUGGUCAAGAAUGAGCAGCGAACAACUUACAGGACCACUGCUACAGGAAAUUGGAAAGUAUCGUGGAAUUCUUCACACUGCUUCAAAUGCAGAUAGGAUGGUCAGGGAGAAGUUUGAGGCAAACAAGCCGUCAAUAGAAAUGUUGAGCAAGAAUGAGGUGGAAUUACGUGGGUCAAUUCCUGGCCAAACUCAGCAUGCCGUAGAAGGUUCGUCAGAAGCUGUUAAGAAACUUCGAACUUUAAUGAAUCAAGUGCAGGAAAUCAAAGUUCAGAGGGAGAAAUUGGAGAAGGACUUCAAAGAUGUCCGCUCUGAUAUUGCGAACGACUUAUUGAAAGCCUUGGCUGAAAGUCAAAUUCUCAAUGAAGAACAGAUUUCUAAAGAGAAGAUUCAGCAGAUUUACGGACCGCUAAAAGAGCAAGUGGAAGCCAGCAUCAAGCAGCAGGAUCAUAUAAUGGCAGAAGUUCAGACAUGGAACAAUCGUUUUACGAGCGAAAAAUCUGGGUCUGGAACUGGUGCUGAAAGAGAGCGUGUGCUGAAGACGCUAGCUGCGGGACACGACGCUUUUCACGAACUGAAAGGAAACCUUGAAGAGGGAACGAAGUUCUACAAUGAUUUAACACCAAUACUGGUGCGUCUCCAGCAAAAAGUCAGCGAUUUUUCGUUCGCACGGCAGACGGAGAAAGAAGAUCUCAUGCGUCAAAUGCAGCAGAAUAUUGUAUCAGGGGGCGGAUCUGGUGGUGGAUCAGCUGGUGGUGUUGUGGGCACUCCUCCUCCACGUCCACCUCCACCGACACCUCGUACUCAAGUAGAACCACCGAUCCCCCCUCCGCGUACACAACAAAGCUUGCAAGCUGUUCCUGGAGCAACGCCGACAGCUCCUGGAGUGCCACAGAUCUCUUCUGCGCCUCAACUUCCCGUGAUGCAUCCAGGAUAUUUCCAACAACAUGUGCCGUAUGGUCAGCCGCAGCCAUUCUUGUAUCAGCCACAGUAUCAACCAAAUUUUGCGAAUCCAUAUCCGACAUUCCCAGGAGCGCUACAGUACACCACAGCCUCAACAACACCAGUAGAUAGCCAUCUCAAUCCAUUCAUCCGUUGUGUUCGUCUAAGUUGCGUGUUACAUAUUUUUGAAUCUUACACUCAGAAAUGA